GUCUGCCCGAAAUGCGGCAUUACCAUGAAGCUGGGCAUGGGAGGGGUCAAUAACUUCGGCUCGAGGCACCUCAAGAGCAAGGCAUGCAAGGAUCAGGCCGAGAAGAAGAGGGGAGAAACGGUUAAAGUCCAGAAGACACUCACCUCCCUCUUUGCUUCUUUAGUCCCUCGGGCGAAGGCUGGUUCGUCCAAAGGCUCGUCGACAGCUCCCCCCGUAGCGCCCGCGCUUGCACCCAUAGCGCCCGCACUUGCACCCAUGCUCGUGCAGGCGUCAACGCCUGCCCAGGUAAUCGCCGACAAUCCUGCCUUCGCAUCAACUCCGGCUGAGGAAGGAGCACAGCCGGCUGUCGACACAGACAUCGUCAAGGCCAGAGACCUCAUGCGGCAGCUUCGUGAGGCGCUUGCAGGACUGCCAGACUCGAUACCGGAGGGUGGUAGCGACGACAAGCUUGGGAAGCUCAUGUCGACACUUAAGCCCCUCACGCCUGCAUGCAAAAAGGACGCCUGGGAGCUCCUUGACCCUAUCCUGAACAACCUAGUUGGGUAUGGGACAAGUGCCGCCGAGUUUGCGAUGCACCUUCGACGCGGACGCCUCGGCAUGGACGGACUGGUUGAUUGGUUGAACGCAGAGGUGACGGCUUGGGAGAUUGGAGGAAGUGUUCUCGAGGGAAAGAUUGGUGUUAUGGUUGGGGCAAUGAAACUGCAGUACGUCAGCUGCUUCCCUCGUCGAGUUAUGGACUACAUACCAUUUGAUUCCAGCUUGGGAGAGACGCCGCAAGAGGGAGAGGGCAGCCAUGUAGACGAUGGCGAUGAUAUCGCCGGUGUUGAGCCGGACGGGGUGAGCAAGGAGGCAACGCCUGCGCAAGAGAUAGAGUACAUCAAGACUGUCACACACCGGCCGAAACGAACGUGCCGUUGCACUGGCCUUGAACUCCAUGUUCCCAAGGGCCAAAGCCCUUUUCUCCUGUACCCAAUCGCUCUCCACGCUGUUAAAAGCGUCCCAUGGGAAAUCGAGACGAGACGCGGCUGCUUCUUCUUGCGCGCGUGGACAUGUGAGGGGGUUGUAUCAGGCGUGGGCGUCGUUUGUCUGCUGUGCAGCCAGCUGGCUUCCAAUGGCACGCUGUCUGGGAUCAUCAACCGUUUCACGAAGGGAAUUGCAGAGGGUACUACAUACGCAUUCUUCGGUCCGGGCCACAUGAUGUCCAUGCUUCGGGCAAAGUCAAAGAUGAUUGACGACACCCGCAUCCAUCUCCUCAGCCAUGCACGCAGGCUAGUGCGCAUCGAGCAGGCGUUCAACAUCCAGAGGCAGACAUUGGUGGCCAUCUCGAGUCAGCGCAUUCCCGCAAUUGAUCGUGUCUUGUCGACGGCGUUCCGCCGUGGCUACAGCGUGUUCAAGGUCCUUGAACUCGUCAAGAAGGCAGCGGUGGGGGCGUAUCACCCCCGGGGAUAUGAAGAGGAGCACUAUAUGAUCGGGCUGCUUUUCUUAUAUCUGGGAGGCAAGCGAGUAGCUGAUAUAGCUCACCGAACGAUGGACACGCCUGCAUCGUCUACCCUCCGGAAACACACGGUAGUCCCCCGACUCCAGCCCUCAGCAGCCUUCCCAACCAUUGAAGAGAUGAUGUAUAAUCUUGAGGCGACACUAUCGUUGAUUGAAGAAGAUCUUGCAGACGCGGCGAAGAAACUCGAGGGAGGUCAAAUACUUGCGACCUUGAUGUUCGAUGAAAUUGCGGUGGAGAAGCGUUUGAGGUGGUGCGAUCGCACGAACAACAUCAUGGGCGUUGCACGGGAGUCAGCAGACAAGACGAACCUUACAUUUUCGAGCAUGGAGGACGUCGAUUCACUGCUACAGGAGGUCGACACCGGGGAGGUAGAGCUGGCGGUGGAGGCCACUGUCGGUGCCCUCGGGCUGCUCAACAGCGACGACACGCGUGUUUACGCUGCACGUCCAUUCCUUCUCUCUGGAACCUCUAAGCGUGAAUCCGCUGAGGCUCAUGCAGAGUUGCUGAAUGCAGCGCUCGAGAGUGUGAAGUCUAGUCCUCAGUGCAAGAACAUCCGCAUAGCGAGCCUGGCUUCAGAUGGAGAGGCCCGCCGAGGCCGUGCUUUGGCAAUACUCACAUUCAAGACCACGCUCUCUCCCUCGUCACCGCUUUAUGCUCACCUGUCACAACUCCGUCUGAUGGACUAUCACGUCGGCGAUGACGAUAUCACCUGCGAUAAAGACGGAAGACACGUCUUCAAGCGUGCGAGAGUAACUGUACUUCGUCCUGAUGGAACCACUGUGGAGGAGGUUGUGCUCCAGCCUGGUGUUGUGCGCACGCACCUCCAGGAUGAGGGCCACUCUAAAUCUCAUGUUGACUCACUCUUCAAUGUAGCUGACAAGCAGGAUGUCACUACAGCAUAUCAGCUUCUCCGGGAUAUCUGGGAUCUCCCUUGUGCAAAAGAUGGGUCUGCCGCCAUCUAUGCACAGACCCGGGAUGCGCUACGAACAUUUGGGCAGUUCUGCCGCUAUCUACUCCUCCCCUACAUCUGUAUCGACCUCAGCCUAUCCGAACAGCUCACCUAUCUCAGCGCAGCCGCCCACAUUGCACUCGCUCUGUUUGCAUCUCCAGGAGGUGGAUCUCGUUUCCUCCCGGUCCCGCUCUAUGUGGACAUCAUGAUUAUGAUAAAGAACGUCUACUUCACUGUUGCAAAAGCCAAAGUCGGCAGCCCCACCAUCCCCUUUUACCUUGUGCUCCUUGGGACUGACCGGGUAGAAUCGCUUUUUGGAGUGCUUCGCACCAUGAUUGGCAAUGACGCGAACCUUGAUAUGAUCCAGCUUGGAGAUCGUUCCACUUCUACAGUUUCAGUCGCCAACAUCUUCGCACGUUAUCCGCGAUGGGACAAGGCACCUCGCCGGCUUCACCUUCCAAGCCUGGACCGUAAUGAAAUACCCCUACGCGAUGCUGACCAUAUUAAUCCUCGCUCCUUCCGGAGCAACCUCAUUCCCGCGAACGUAACUUUAUUGACCUGUUGGAAGCAAGGCCGUCGGCUGAUCGAGGACGCCUACCCUUCUCUCAAAGCUCGCCUUGCAUUCGUAGAUGCUACACCGAAUGCAUCGAUCCUUGCCCCUCAUGGUGUGCUACUGGUGCGCGGAGCUCGCCACAUGUCCGAAGCAGUGUCACCGCCCGCUGAGGAUGAUGAAGAGGUCGACUCUACCCGACAUGGUAUCCAAGGGUCUUGUCUUGAAGGUAUACAGGAACUUGAGGACUCCGCAGCUGAAGCGGAGUGGGCAUUAGCAGCUGAUCCUCAGAAGAAAACUGCUAAGCCCUCAUUUUCGAACUUGGUUGACAUUGACGGGCACGGGACGAUGGUUCCGAAGUCCCGUGCCCUUGCAAACCGUUUCCUGUACAGAAAGUCUGCCACAUCAACAGAUCGCCUUCGACGCGUGAGGCAGGAGGCACGAUACUCUGGCUGUGCGAUGCUCGGUCCAGAUGGACUUCUGCAUGUUGCCAAGGAUAAGGAGGACCAGCCCCUUCUUCUGAUCGGAAGCCCAGUAGCAUCCUUGUUCAGUUCAAACGGCAGAAAAUUCCUCGGUCUUGGACAAGUAACUGGCAUCCGCUUUCGUUCGGUGCAGCACGACGAUCUCCCUAUCCAGCUGCUCGGCGAGGAUACCGCGCGGAUUUCAAUCCAGUUGUUCGGCCUCAGUGCGGGAACUUUCCACGAUGACGAUGGGAACUCUUACGAUUGGCAGUCGGCAUUGCUCCUAUCAUUGCACAUCCCCAACCUGCCCGGCUUUCUCGUAUCUCCGGUUGACCCUGUGACUGUUGUUCCUUCUCUGGGCCAACAGGUGUUUUUGUUUGAAUCGACUUCUCUUGUCUCCCUCACCGCAACUCUCCGUGAUCGACUACUCCCUCAUAAUGAACAUCGAAUCGUAUCUAUUGACCCUCGCUCAUUUGGUUUUCCGUACGUGGAGGCAUCUGGUGAGUGCUCAUCCCACUGA